AUGACACCUGCAAAGUUUGUCUUUUAUCUGACAUGUUUGUUCCUGGGGAAAAUGGUCCAGAAGACCCAUCUGCAACCACAGGCAUCUGUUAAUCAAGAAAAAGAUUUUCUCUUAGCUGAUCUUGGAGAAAAUGUUAGUUUGCAUUGUUUCUAUGAAGGUGACGAUUCAGCGUGGAUCUUGUGGUAUAAGCAAACUCUGGGACAGAAACCGAGGCUAAUCUCUACGUUCUACGUGUACGAUACAAAAAUCACUUUUCAUGAUGAAUUUCAGAACAAUCCACGGUUUACACUGGAUACAGAAAACAGAAGAAAUAACUUGAAAAUUUCAGAUUUGAAAAUCAAUGACUCAGCUACUUACUACUGUGCAUGCAGCUAUAGAUUUGUGUUAACUUUUGCAGAGGGUACCAUUGUCAAAGUAAGGGAGGCAGGUUUGAAAAACCCAGCUUUAGUCCAUCAGUCACCAUCUGAGAGCAUCCAGCCAGGAGGCUCUGUGACUUUGAACUGCACAGUACACACUGGGACCUGUGAGGAAGAACACAGUGUUUACUGGUUCAAAGAAACAGAAGCAUCUCGUCCAGGACUGAUUUACACUUAUGGAGGCAAAAAUGAUCAUUGUAGGACGAAAACUAACCCACAAGCAGACGCCUGUGUCUACAACCUGCCAAUGAAGGAUCUGAACAUGUCUCAUGCUGGGACCUACUACUGUGCUGUUGAUUCAUGUGGACACAUAGUGUUCGGAAACGGGACCAGAUUGGAUCUCAGCCGUGAGGCAGAUUUUCUUGUCUUGGUGUACUACUUGAGUGGAGCUUUGGCAUUCAGUACCAUCCUGGUUCUCCUACUGGUUUUCUCAGUAUGCAAGACAAUGAAGAGAAACAACUGCCUUUGCCCAGAGUCUCGUGCACGAUUACCAACUCCUUCAACAACAAAUUCAGAGGCUUGUCAAGAUGCAGACAGCCUCCAUUAUGCAGCUUUAAGUGCUAAGAAACUUAACAAGUCAAGAAGACAGAAAGACAACAGCAAGAGUGAAUGUGUGUACUCCAGCAUAAAGCAGUAAA